AAAACUAGUAGGCGAUAGAAAAACCGACUAGUGACAAACAAAACGAAAAGGUUUCACCGGGAGACCGGAGUUGUGCUCUUUGUUUCACCGGCGACGAUCAAAGCAGAUCCAGUUCAUUUUACUUUCAGUACAUUCGCUCGGAUCUGGUCAGUAGACGUGAAGCUUCUAUCAAUUGUAUUUAAGCAUGAUUCAUUUUGUUCUGUUAUUAAGCCGACAAGGAAAAGUUAGGUUGACAAAAUGGUAUUCACCUUAUUCCCAGAAAGAACGAAGUAAGGUAAUACGAGAGCUUAGUGGGAUGAUUCUAACACGAGGACCCAAGCUUUGUAACUUUGUUGAAUGGAAGGGAUUUAAAGUUGUUUACAAGAGGUAUGCCAGCCUCUACUUUUGUAUGUGUAUUAACCAACAAGACAAUGAACUGGAGAUCCUUGAAAUUAUUCAAUAUUUUGUCGAGACUCUUGAUCGUUACUUUGGAAGUGUUUGUGAGCUAGACUUGAUCUUCCAUUUCCAUAAGGCUUAUUAUAUACUGGAUGAGAUUUUAAUUGCUGGCGAACUUCAGGAGUCAAGCAAGAAGGCGAUUCACCGUAUUAUAGAUGCACAGGAUUUGCUAGUGGAUGAAGCUAAAGAAAGAGCAAAUAGCAUUAGUGCUAUAAUGGCAAGGGUAGCUGAAUAACUGUUCUUGUGAUGGUGUCUACUAGAUAUAAUAUUAUAACAAUGUACUUUUAUUUUUUUCUUUAUUAUAACAUCACGUCACAUGUAUGUAUUAUUAUUAUUUUUAAUUCAGAUCUAUUUUUUAUGUCAUC